AUGAAGGUGCUGUGGUGCAUUAAAAGGGAGCACGUUUGGGAUACAACAAAUAAAGUUUCGGAUAUUAUAAGACGUUAUAAAGGCCCGAAGAUUCUGCCUUCGCAGCAACUUAGCGCUGCGGUCGCUCCAUGGCCGGGCGCCACCGGCCUUUUGGCCUCUGUUACCGCUGACGAUAUGGCACACAAAGGCCACAGCGGAGUGAAUCAACUGGGCGGCGUCUUUGUCGGAGGCCGACCGCUGCCGGACUCAACCCGCCAGAAAAUAGUCGAGCUAGCUCACUCAGGAGCCCGUCCUUGUGAUAUUUCGCGGAUCCUCCAGGUCAGCAAUGGCUGCGUGUCCAAAAUUCUCGGCAGAUACUACGAGACAGGGUCCAUCCGUCCGCGAGCGAUCGGCGGCAGCAAACCGCGAGUCGCAACUGCGGAAGUAGUCGGGAAAAUUUCUCUGUACAAGAGCGAGUGUCCUUCGAUAUUUGCUUGGGAAAUUCGGGAUAGAUUGCUUCAGGAAGGCGUCUCGUCGAUCAACAGGGUGCUGAGGAACCUUGCCGCCCAGAAGGAGCAGCGCCAACAGCAGCACCACCAGCAUCAUCAGCCUGGAGUCCCCGUCAGCCAGCCGGACAGCGUCUACGACAAGCUGAGGCUCCUAAAUGGCCAGGGCAGCUGGCCCAGGCCCAAUCCUUGGUAUCCUGCUGGACCUGGCAGUCCCUUUCCGUCCCUUCAGCCCAGCAUCAGCCCCAGCCACUGCGCGCUACCGCCCGAGCAGGAUAUCCUCCAGAAAAAA